AUGUCGAUCUCUCCUUAUUUCUUCGAUUAUGAUUUGCCGCGGCGCUGGCCCCGUCGCCUUCUUGAACAGAAUUUCGGCCACACGGUAUCACCUGAAGACAUCUUCGCAACCAGCCCAGUCGUGCCAAGACUUAACAGAUUUUGGUGGCCACAAGACUCCAGCACGAUUAAAGUGGACAGCGACAAGUGGUCCAUCAACAUCGAUGUUCAACACUUCGCACCGGACGAAAUAACAGUAAAGACAGUUGAUGGCUUUAUUGUGGUCGAGGGAAAACAUGAAGAAAAGCAAGACGAACAUGGGUACGUGUCGCGGCAUUUUGUAAGACGCUUCAAGUUACCUCAGGAAAUAAAUGCUGACGCGAUAGUAAGCAGGCUUUCCUCCGAUGGUGUGCUAAGUGUGUUAGCCCCCAAAAAAGAAGAAACACAGAAGGGUGAAAGGUCUGUUCCUAUCACACAUACUGGUCCAGUGAGAAAGGAUGUAAAAGAAGAUACAAAGGAAGAAAAGAAAGAAUAA